CUCUUUAACAGCAGGGUCUGGGUAAAGACCUCGCAUAGCACAGCUCUCAGUCACAGCCAGAGCACACACUACUUCUCCAGCCUCAGCAACAAGGAGUUCACUUGUGGUCGCCAAUCCUGCAAACAUGUCAACUGACUUCAAUGGGUACUGGAAAAUGAUGAGCAAUGAGAAUUUCGAGGAGUAUCUAAAGGCACUGGACGUCAAUGUCGCUCUGAGGAAGAUCGCCACCCUAUUGAAGCCGGACAAAGAUAUCAUUCAGAAUGGGGAGCACAUGGUGAUUAAGACACUGAGCACUUUUAGGAACUACAAUAUGGAGUUUGAUGUGGGAAAGGAGUUUGAAGAGGAUUUGUCUGGAGUAGAUGAUCGCAAAUGCAUGACAUCCGUCAACUGGGAGGGUGACAAGCUGGUGUGUGUACAGAAAGGAGAGAAGGAAGGCAGAGGAUGGACGCAGUGGGUGGAAGGAGACGAAUUACACUUGGAAAUGCGGGCUGGAGGUGUAGCCUGCAAACAGGUUUUUAAGAAGAUUCGCCAGUGACGCCGACUGUGACUGUGAAAAAGAACGACCUCCGUCCCAGAAUGACAUAGAUUAACCUCUCCUCAGUCAUACCGAUGCAUUUUAUUAUUAUUGUAUUAUUAUAGUAAAGUGCCAAUUGUGUGAUUUUGUUUUAUAAUGCCACUUUAGGUACUUUAAUAAAAACACUAACCGAA